AUGUUUGCCUGUACGGUUUUAGUUUAUCUAAGUGUACAAUGUGGACUUGGAUAUUCGAAGAUUUACGAAGAACCGCUUCCAAAAGAAUUCACAGAUUGCCUUAAUAUGAUUCUACCGAACAGCGCCGUGAAACGAGAUCCUGCUUACGUCAUUGACUACGCAUGCGCAAAUAAAUACCUUACUUCUACUCCCAACGAAAGAUGGAAACCAAAAACCAAUAGCAAUGCUGAGAAACAGUUGACAGACCAGGCCAACAAUUUAGAAAUUCAAACUAAGUCAGAAAACGUGCAAUAUAAAGAGGGAAGUCUAAUUCAACAUUUUGCAGCCAGACGCAACAAGCGUUCAAUUAGAUCGCCAACUAUCAUACGAAAAGAAUAUAGACGGAUGAGCGAGGAAGAGAGACGCAAUUUCCAUCGAGCUCUACAGCUUCUUAAAGAUGACUACAACUUUCACGGAACAGAGACAGAAUUUAAUAUUUAUGACACUUUGUGCAACUUGCACCACGCGUCCAAUGCUCCGCAUGCGCACUUUGGACCCGCCUUUCUAGCAUGGCACCGGGUCUUUCUGUACAUAUUCGAGCAACUACUUCGUUCUAAGGUACCCGAUGUUUAUGUGCCCUACUGGGAUUCAACAUUAGAUUCACUGUUGGAAAACCCUACAGCCUCGGCCUUGUUCACGGACGGAAUGAUGGGGUCUGGAAACGGGGUUGUCACAACUGGACACUUUGCGAAUUGGUCGCAUCCGUUUGCAGGUGAUCUAGUUAGAAACAUUGGAAAUGUAGGGGAGCUGAUUCAAAAAGACGACUUAUAUAGAAUUGUAAACGUGGCUCACACAAGAGAUUUCAUGUUUCCAUAUGCAUCUCCGUAUAAAAAUCUCGAACUUAUUCAUGGAAAAGUUCAUAUGUGGGUAAGUGGUACAAUGGACAGCUUAAAUUACUCCCCGGCGGAUCCAAUCUUUUGGAUGCACCAUUGUUUUAUUGAUUAUAUCUGGGAGAAAAUUCGUCAAAGACAAAAGGAGCGGGGUAUCGAUCCACGGUUUGACUAUCCAAACGGCGGAGGUGUUGGUCACCGACCAGAGGACAUGAUGAAACCUUUUCCACUGAGAAAUAAGGAUGGUUUUCUGGCAGACUGGUCUAAAAUCUAUGAGUACGAGGAGUCACCCGGGGAUAUCGAUUGUGAAUCUGAUUUUGACUGUGGGUCUCUCUAUUAUGCCUGUGAUGCUGGACUGUGCAGGGCAAAAACGAUGGAUGAGAUGAUUUUCUCCCUUGCACUUAAGAAACGCAGACGACGGCGAUCUUUGAUGGAGACAUAUACCACAAGUACGACAAUCACAGACUCUUCAACAUUCUUUACAACAACACCCGAACAAAGCUUCUUUGUAAACAGUGUAGACCCUUCCAAUUCUUUAGACAUGCAGACAACUCCAUUGUUCCAUUCCAUGCAGAAUACAUUUAUGAUGAAUGGAAAGGAGGAUUCGAAAGCUUGGGUAGACAUACCGAUAAUUAUAUACUCUCGAAGGCCUUCAGAUUUAGUAUUUGAUGCUCACCCUUUUCGAAGAGGUGAAGUGAACCUUACGUCCGACGUUUAUCAGACAACAGAGAGGGAGGAGAAGGUACUGCCGCGCGCCGGGCAACCCGCCACCAUUAUAAAAUGUCAACACAUGGGGUCUGGAGCAUCGAAAGUUAUUGUAAGAUCUAUAGGCGUAAAUUAUGAGGGUGAUUAUACUACUGAUGCCAUUGUUGACGAAAAACAAGCUUUAACAAUAACUUUAACACAAGUGGCUGUAAAAAAUCCUUACAAGAAUGUUACAAAAGCUUACGUUGCCGCCUACGAUCGCUGUGGACGUAUGUGUAAGCCAUUUUGUCUUACUGGAAGUAACAGUACCUAUGAAAAGUGCUCAGGAAGUAUCGGUGUUGAUUCGCGCAUGCCUAGAAUGUAUAAUUCUGAUAUUGCCGGCGCCAUUUUACAGACGUUUGAUUACAGAACUUUUCCCCCCAAAUUGGCAGAAAAUAAUAUUUUUCUGAUAUUUUAUUGUGGACAAGAAGAAGACUGGCCAUGGUUGAUCAGAAAAGACUAA